AUGAGCUAAUAACAGAAUAAAAAGGAAACAAUUUAGGAUAAUUUUUAUGAAGACCCUACAAAGGAAAAAUUAAGCAUAGAAUUUAUAAGAUAAAGAAGAAAGGAGUUGAAAGAUGACUGCAAAAAACAACUUAUUUCAAUAUUUAUUAUUCUUUUUGUACUUAUUAUGGCAAUAAUCUAGCCGCUAAUUUGGCCUUCUUCUAAUAAAAAAGAAGAAACCCGUAUUGAUAAUAGCAAAUGGUUAGUCUAUUCUGAUCAUUAAUCAAUUAGAUCACUUUUUGAAGCUAACGGAUAUAAUAUUACUGAUGAUAGCAUAUCAAGCAAUAUAUUAUGGAUUAGUAAUUAAGAAUAAUUAGCAAUAUUACAAGAGGAUAAAAAAUCUUAGUAGGUAUUUAAUAGCUAUGGUAACUCUUUACUUUCUAAAUAUUCUCUUUUCAAUACUUUAUAGAAAUUUGAUUUAAAAGAUGCUUAUCGUUUUAUUUAGCCACGAAAAUUUAUGCCUAGAACUUUUAUAAUUCCUUUUGCAAACGAAACUGAGUGUGAAGACUAUUUAGAAUUAGCUAACCACAGAAAAUAUAAUAACUCGCAUACAUUCAUAGCUGGUGUAGAAAAUAAUUCAACAGGGAAAAUUAUACUAUAGCAAGUAGUUAAAGGUUCAGCUAAUUUUCUCUAAAUUUAUAAUAACUAUAAAUCGAAAUUUGCACCUUAUAGCUCAAAUCAUAUUUUUUUCUUUUAAAAGUUUGUCCAAAAUCCUAUAGAACUUGAUAAAAGGCCUUUAGAAAUAUUCUUUCCUAUCUCAGUUGUAGGCAAAACUAUAUUAUAUAAUGAAACAAAUAUUUUCGCAAAAUCCUAUUCAAACUAAUAAGAAAUGGAAGAUAUUCUUAAUAUAAAUACAUUAAGUAGCAAUUAGAAUGAUGAAAACAAUAGAAUAUACUGGAAAGCUAUUUCAUAUAAAUAUAUUGAGAGUACACUGUAUUAAAAUGAAUAAACAAUUAAUAUUAUGAAAUAUAUUAUUUCUUACUGCAUGGAGGCUAUGUUUGAUCAAGAUUUUCCUGAUCAUGAAGGAAGAAAUAGAUACUCUCUUUAUGUAUUUAUAUUCUAAAUUGACAAAAAUGAUUCAAGAGUUUAUCUGACUAAUAUAGAAUAAAAUAGUAGGAUAAAAAGUUCUCCCAAAAGCUCGUUUAAUAAAUUGAUAUUAAGUGGCUAUAAACAUUUAAUUGAUAACUUGGCUCCUGCAUUGAAAUAAAAAAUAUAAUUCAACAGAAAUAACACUCUUAGAGUAUAUAAAAAUGCUAUUCAAUCAUAGCUUUAUUUGCAUGAUAACGAGAAGAAAACUCCAGAUAUGUUUAAAACAGUUGCGCCUCUGGAUUAUAAUUUCAGAGUAAAAAAGGUUGUUGUUUAUAGCCUCUUAAAUUUCUUAAACUUUUUCUAGUAUUUUCACCAAAAGCAAGAAGACUAUAUAAGCUUGCUGAAAUCAAAACAAUAGUAUAAUUAAUAUGAAAAAACUGCUGAUAUUUAUUUUGCAAAGCAUAUUUCCAAAUUCAGACCAUAUAAAAAUGCUGAAUGGGGAAGCGAAUCUGGAUGGUAAAGUAGGACAAAGUAUAGAUUUUAGAUGGAUUUAAAUUAAUUAACCAAAACAAAAAAGCAUAAAAAUUUUGAAGUGGAUAGAUAUAUUCCUAAAACAUACUUUUUUAACAUGACUUCGUAAGGAUAUAGUAAUUAAUUCGAAAAAGAAUUUCUUAAAAGUUAUAAAAACCUAAAGGGUUUAUGGAUUUACAAACCUUCUUCUAGUUACGGAGGAAUAGGAAUUAAACUUUCUUACAACUUGACAGAGAUUCUUUCUACAAUUGACUAGCAAAAAAGAGAUUUAGAUAAAUCCCAUGUUGAUUAAAAUGAAGAUGGGUUUAGCUUAGUUCAAAAAUACAUAGAAAGGCCAUAUCUUAUAAACAAAAAGAAGUUUGAUUUCAGAAUGUAUCCAAUAAUGAUAAGUGCCAGUCCUUUGGUUGUAGUAUAUUUGAACGGAUAUGUGAGAUCUUCUCUUUUUGAUUAUACUUUAAACAACCUAGAUGAAGGAAUUCAUUUAACUAAUCUUCAUGUUUAGAAAAGUCAUCCUUAAUUUAAUUAAUUGCAAGAUCAAGCCCACAUAUCAAUACAAGAUUUCGAAAAUUAAUUCUUUCUAAAAGAUUUUAGCUAAGAAUAGCUUGAAAUUAUGUAUAAUCAUAUAAAAGCAGUUUGUGCUUUUUCUUUGUAGGCAAUAUAUCAAAGCAAAAAGGAUACUAUAGGUAGAUUCUAAGCUUAUGGAGUCGAUAUUAUGAUCGAUGAUUAAGCUAACGUAUAGCUGAUAGAAAUGAAUAGCAAUCCUUACUUUAUAAAUGGAACAAGUUUGCAUGUCAAUCUUCUGCCAAAGUUAAUUAAAAACUUUUUAGAUUUAAGCACUGAAAUUUUGAGAUAAAAUGAAAUAUAUGGUAAGGUGAUUAGUACUGAUUUUAUAGCCGAAAUGUGUCCUCAUUGUGACAUUUUAAUUGACGAAACUAAGAAUUUCUAUUAUCUAAAUUAUUUCAAUUAAACAACAGGUUAAUUUAAUUAUGAUAACCCAGUAUAUUAAAAUAAAAAAAGAGAAAAAUUUAUUUAUUGA